AUGAUCUAUGAAGAUUCAACGCAUGUUAGAAGAAAAAGAAAUGCAUUGGAAGAUGAUAAUCGUUCAAAGUUUGACGAUGAACAUGAAACUGAUGAAAAACUUAACGAUAAACGUUCAUCGUCAUUGUCAUCGUCAUUGUCAUCGUCAUCAUCUGAUAACGAUGAAAGUGUGGAUCAAAAUUCGAAUGUAGACAAAUCUGAAAAUGAUGAACUCGAAGAUUACAACGAAGAAUCCAAUGAAAAUGAAACUGAUGAUCAAGAAAAUGUGGUUCAAUCGAAAGAUACAAAAGUGAAACGUGAAAGUUCUGAUUACGAUUACGUUGAUGAUCAAGAUAAAUCAUCGUCAAAUGAUGUUAGAGUCAAACGUGACGAAACUAAACAAACCAAUGAUAAAACCAUGGUCAAACUUGACAAUGAAAAUACUAAAAAUACCGAAUUAAUAUCGUCUAAUAAGAAUGACGAUGAUAAAAGUAAAGAAUCAGAAGAGAAGAAGGAUGAUAUGACGGAUGAGAAAAAAUUAACGAAAGAGGAAGAUGAAAAUGACGAUUAUGAGAAACGUGUUGAGGAAAAGAUCAAACAAAUUGAAGGUGUUGAUAAUCUCAAUGACGAUGAAUAUCGAAUUGCCGAAUCGAUUCACGAAAGUAAUAUUAAAAAACGAUUUGCACCUGUUGUUGUUGUUGAAAGAUCUAUCAAAGACGAUGAAUCGAUGAAAAAUCAAAUGUCUAUGAACAAAGUACCUAUUAAAAAAAGGGAAAAGGUACGGCAAAUGUUUAUCGUUAAAAAUGACAACGACAUGAGACAUGAAGAAGAUAAAAUAAUUGACGAUGAUAAUAAGAAGGUAAGAAUUAAAAGGGCUAACGAAAGAUUGAUUACUUUUGAAUACAGGCCGCAAAAUAUCGAAGACGAGGAAAAUGACGAAGGCAAUGAAUUUGGUGACGAUAAUGUUGAAGAUAGAACAUCCAAUUUGAAAGAUCGUAAUAGUAAUUCGUUGAUUGAGGAUCAAGAAGAUAAAGAAAAUCAACGAGCUAAUUUUCUAUUCCCUGGAAUUUCAUUUCAAUCCCAAUCCGAUUUGAGAGCUUUGGCAUCAUCAUCAUCAUCAUCAUCGUCAGCGAGGGAUUCGAAUCGACGAUUAAUUACGGAUUACAACGAAGCUUUUGGUGGUCUUCAAAGUCUUCGGGAUAAUCCUAAUGGAGCUUUGACUCGAUUUAAAAGGAUCAAACGUGUUCUACAAAAUUCACGAACUUUACAUAAAAAUAAACUAUCCAACUGA